AUGUUUCAAGGGUUAGACCCACCCCCGAGCCAACUCGAGGAUGCGUUGAUCAAGCUCGAGUCGGAACAUCUGGCAGGUCAGUCGAACGAUUUGCAUCGCAAUCAGAGUUCGGGAUUCAGCUGACCAUUCGGGUCGUAUCUUGUCGAAUAAUUACUCGCAGACCGAGGGGUGGUCUUUGCCUCCUAUCUCGAGCCGGAUACAACAAGCGAAAAAGACGAUGAUCGGCUUGUCUCAGAAACGAAGAUGGUACUCGGUGCUACAAUAUGAUCAAACGUAUGUUCUUAUGGAUUGUUGUCCAUCAAUUGGCUGUGCACGCGGUGCAAUGAUGAACCUGGAGGACCAAGCCAGCCAACCUCGUUCUCGAGCAUACUCUGCCUUCAGCUCAAUCUCUCACGUCCAAAGAAAUGGAUAUGGUUUAGGUAGACGAAAGCUACUCGUUUUCCUCUUGGCGAGUGAGCCCAAGACUACGAAAAUACCUAGUGGGAGAAGAGACAGAGAGAAAAGCGGAGGGAAAGAGUAGCACAAAAAGUGAACAAGGUCGUGAGGGGCCCCUGGUGCAAAGAUGGUGUCAAGAGAAGAAGAAAAAGGAAGAAUCCCCUAGAAGAACAGACUGA